AUGAAGAGGAAAAUAUUGAACAACCAAUUCAAAACGAUAGCGUAUAAGGAAGAUCUACUUCAAAAUUUGUGGAAAGAUUUUGACAAGGAAGUUCAACAGCACCAACAACCAAGCGACCCAACAGCGUCUGCCAUUGUUGAGGUAGACACAUAUUUAGAAGAACCGAUUUUACCGAGAAAAGAUAGCUCCAGUAUAUCCCAGGAUCCGUUAUUGUGGUGGCACCAAAGGAUUUUACUUUGGACACAUUUACCCAAAAUUAUACCAAAUUAUGAAGACUAG